CUAAACCUAUUUCAGUAUUUCACAGAGUGGGUUUCGAGAGCAAUAACAUUCUGAGUGACACUGUGAGCUAACCGUUAUUUGCGCCAAAGCUUUGUUAGUUACUCUGACACAUAAUGGGCUGUAGUCUACGUUACUGCUAGUAAGGGCUAAUCGAGUGGUCCAACCAGCCAAAUGGCUCUCCUUAAAAUUGCGCCGACGCUGGUGCUGUGGCUGCUAGUCGCUUGGGCCAAUGCUCACCACGGCGCCUCCCGGAGCAUCUCGGAACUAGCGACCAGGGGCGACGCUGGCCAUGCACAAGUCGCGCCCGCACCCGACCACGCCAGUCGAUGGUUGACUGAAAGCAAUAGCGCAGAAGUAGUCGUCAACAGUGUAAAUAGCCUUUGGGCAGCGCUUGCCAACGACGGCAUCAGGACAAUCCUGCUCAACGAUUCGCUGGUCCUUAACCAGGCUCCCCCUAACGGAACCAUACCGCUCACAAGGAAUGUCUCGAUCCAAGCGGUGCCAGAACUGCUGAGCGCCGGUAUCAAGGUUUUUGUUGACUUCAGGAGCCAGAACAUGGUCUUCAGCAUCGGACCGGGGAACGUCCUGCGGUUCGUGGGGCUCGAGCUGUUUAACUUUCUCGGACUUGUGGGGAGCACGUUGCCAUUCAUACGGCAGAGCCCUGGAGGCAGAGUUAACUUCAUUGACUGCAUCAAGUGGCGACGGGUUGGGUUGCCAACCGACGCGGCGCUGACCAACAUGCGGUUGGCGGCGCGGAGUGCCUCGGAGCCCGGACCGCAGCUGGUGUACACACUGCCCAACUACACAUACAGCACCACGCGCAGCCCGGGGGUGCCGGUGACCCUCACUAAGGACCUCGUUCUCCAGCUGAAUUAUGUUGUUGAUACGCCCAUCGACUCCUCGCUGGCGUUUCAGGGCCUUCACUUUGGCGGCUACGUGUACAGCGUCUACAACUCAUUAUACCACCCUGACAACGUCGUGGCGCAGUCCUGCCUCGACCGCCGUCCAGGUGACGAGUGUGUGGCUGACUACAUACGACAGUUGGACGCGCAGGAGGCCGCCGCGCAGGAGGCCGCAGCGGCGUCUGCCAGCAGUCGCCUGAGCACAACGGACACCAUCGUGGUCGCCGUGGUGGUCCCGGUGGGCAUCGUACUGCUGACGGCGCUGGUGGCGGCGGUGGUGCUGACCCGCCGCCGCCGGGCGCGCGCGGCCGCGUACGCCAGCAGCGCACCUGGGAAGGCGAAUGGGGCAAGCAACAGUGGGUCUCAGGCGGUAGCAGGAGUGUUACCCAGCGCCGCCCGGAGCUCUGACAUAUUCAUGGGCUUUGAACCGGACGCAGCGCCGCCGGUGUGGACGCAGCAGCACGACGAGGAGGCCGCUGCAGAGUUUGCGACGGCGACGUACGUAGGGGAUGCCGAAUCCUGCGACGAGGUGCCGGCGUUGAAUGGUGACACCACGCACACGGCAGGCGCGGCGAACGGAGGGGCCUCGGACGCAGCUGAUGCUGCCAAAGAUGCUGUGUCCCCGGGUGGCACGGCAACGCCUGCGCGGCAGCGUACCUCCGACCGCAUCACCCGCACCCUUACUGGGGGCCUGCGUCCAGCCUUUGCCGCUGCGCAGUGGGGGCCGGACCGCGCGGCGGGGCCACAGGGUGACACAGCCAAAUUGGUGAGCUUGCCGCCGGGCAGCGGAGGUGCGCUCGUCAGUAGUACUGGCGGCGCAGCCAACGGCAAUGGCAGCCAGUCCACACAGCCGCAGGAAGGCCAGGGCGUGCAGCAGCCCGCAGCCGCAACGCAGGGCCCCAGCAGCCGUGCAACACUGACAGAAGGGACAGCAGAAGAGAGUGUGGUGGUGCAGCCGGCGGAGGCGCCGCGGCCCUCGGAUGUGGCUGAGGAGCUGGCACGCAUGGCGCGGGAGGUGCGGAUGCAGGUCAAGGACGUCACAAUCCGGAUCGACACCGUGCUGGGCACAGGGGCCUUCGGCGUCGUGUACGGAGGCAUUUGGCAGGGCAUUCCCGUGGCGGUAAAGACGGUGAUUAUCUCGGCGUCACAAGAGCGACGCAAGCGCGCGCUUCAUGAAGCCGCGUUGUGCCAAUCCAUCGUGCACCCGAACAUCAUCGCAACGUACGCGUGUGAGCUCCAACCCAUCGGCGCGCCCGUGGCCUCCGCAUCUUCCGGUGACGGAGCCACUACCGACUCGGGCCGCACCGGCCUAGCAUCCAUGAUGCCUCAGAUUGUGGACUGGCGGCUGUACAUCAUUCAGGAGUUGGCGGACGGCGGGCCACUCAGCAAACUGUACGGCCGCCCUGACAUAUGGCCGGCACCGUCCGCAACACAGAUGGUACCGGUGGUUGCCAUGGCGUUGGGCAUUGCACGUGCGUUGACACACCUGCACUCCAAGCGUAUCAUUCACGGAGACCUGUCGCCCAACAACGUGAUGCUGAAACACGAUUCUUCCGAGCCGUCUGGCUACACAAUCAAAGUUGGCGACUUCGGUUUGAGUGUGAUGCUGCCACAUAACCAGAGCCACCUGAGCAACCUGCGCAUGGGGACCAUGUUCUACAUGUGCCCCGCAGUCAUCCUCAAGGGCCAAGUCGGACCCGCGUCGGAUGUGUUCUCGCUGGGUGUCAUUCUCUGGGAGCUGUACCACGGCCGCAGGGCAGGUGUGCGGACCAAGGAGGGCCCGCGGUAUGCCUCCAUCUUCCCGGCGUUUCCCCCCAGCUGCCCGCGGGCUUACGUCAACAUCACUCUCAACUGCCUACAAAGGCAGCCGGCCAAUCGGCCCACUGCGGAGGUGGUGGCAGAGCACCUCAGCGCGCUGCUGCAGUCGCUGGCUGCGCCGGGGCCCUGAAAUGGCGUGGCGCGCAGAGCCGCAUUGAGCAUCUUGUCCUUGUCGAAGACGCCACAGUUUACGGCGCGUGAGCACGGAGACGCUGUUGUCCGGCCCGCGUUCGCGCGUUCCACCAGUCGGCUAAAGAAGUGUGUGCAAGGCCCCAAGGUAUUUGUAUGACUUCUGUCUCGCUGGCUCUGUGUGUGGGCUUUUGAGUUUGAUGUACUUGGUGAUCUUUGUCUGCUUCGGCAUGAAUGAUCACAAUUGUCGCUCAGUGUGAAUGCACGGUGUAAAUGCGAGUGAGAGUCAUGCGGCGCGGUAAACCGGUCCACGUGUGCAGUAGGCGCUAAAUGCUGGACAGGUGUGAUUCACGACUGACAUUUGUGUAGUUCCAUUGCACUAGGGCGUCAAGGCUGAAAGCUGUCAGGGCAGGGACUGCAUUAGUACUGGAACCUGUUGUGCACCUUCAUUGCCUGUGCCGCCGGCGAAUCACUGCGGCACCAAGGCGAGGCUUCACGGGGUGGCUUGAUUGUUUUACUGCUCUACAUGUGUGACUGACUGAUUUCCCACUUACGUUGUUCUUGGCAUAAACUUUAUGUAUCUCCAAAAUUGUCUUCUUAAAGUUCUGUUAGUGCUCUAGUUCGAGCGAUUGGGGUAGUACUGCGUGACCUUGAGCGGGCCGUACAGCGAUGCUUGUUCACACCAUCACACACUGUACGUCACCUGGGGGUGAUGGUUGACACCAGGCUGUGCGGCAUCACGGCGCCGGAAGAUAAGCGUAAUUCAUGAUUUGCAGCUUGGGGAGCGCCAUCGCACAUAAUAAGCACAUGCAUAUGCCCGCUACAACGAAUUGCACACGUGCCGGCACGGUACGGUAUUACAUUGAUGCGGCCGAUGCUACGAUGACACAGUGCCGGCACGGUAUCCAUGCGGUGGUAACGCCAGGUAACGCACUUGUAGCAUCGGCAUGUGCGUGGCGGCGUGCGGCGUGGAGGAGUGUGGUGUGUUGUUUAUGCAGAGCAUGUUGUUCGCAGCAGCAGCAGCAGCAGCAGCAGCAUGAGUAGUGCAGCUAUUAGUCUGUCCUAUGUGUUGGCUUCUGGGAUGAAGACGCGCGCGAAGAAGCGACGCCUUGUUGUGCCGGCGUGAAGGGGCGGGUGAUCGGCUUGGCCGGGCUCACUGUGCGGGUGUAUAAUACUACAAUGACAAUUGUUGUUACACUUGCUAUUGUAGAGAGUGCCUGUUGCUGGACUGGCGACUGCCAUUCAAGCGACGCCGAAUGUUGUGCGACGCCCGGAACUUCAGCCUGAUGCUGAGGUAGCCUGGAUGGCUGGGCCACUGGAGCACAGGGCGGACAGGCGGCGACGCAGAGGGCGUGGAGGCUGGCAGGCAGCAGGCUGCACCAGGGGAGACUGGGCUGCACACUCCACUCGUCAGGGUGGGCUGAGCUGGGCUGUGCGAUAUGUCAAGCACUGAUGUCUGGUACCGCAGGCGCUGCACAUACAUGUGUCAGCAUCUAUGGCCUCGCUCC